GGGAAGCCAGCAUCUGCUCACUGCAGAGCCUUUCAUUGAUAAAGUAACAGAGGUGUGAGGCACAGGACUGCAGCUGGACACAUCACCCACUCUUCAUCAUGCACCCACACACACACUUCCUGAAGCUUCCUCAGAGCAUUCACCUACAAUGCACCUCGACUAACUGCACCACUAAGGACACGCACUUACACAGAGUUAUCACACAGUGAUAUGAUUUUAUGGAGCCAUGCAACAACAACAUCACAGACUCGUCCUUCUCAUCUCACCAUCCUGGUUUUGGGAAUGAAAGCUUAGUUUAGAGUAAAGGGACACCUGUAACUGAGGAGUAACUUGGUGCAUCUAAUCUGGGACCAGGCAUUGGAGGAGUCUUCCUAAAAAAAAGGGCUGCAGUGGAUUCAGAGGAACCAGCCAACACAGCAGCAUAAAGCUCCUUGCCAGUCCAUCCGUCACCCUGGGAUCUACAGAGGCAAGCGGGGUGCCGGUGUCGGCCAUGAAGCUGGUGAACGGGGGAGGAGGAGGUGGUGGUGGGGGAGGUGGAGGAGGAGGGGGAGAGAAAACUGCCUUCUCCUUUAAGAAGUGCUCAGCUUUCCAGUUUGUCAAGAGAAAGGUGAGAAGAUGGAUGAGGAACCCCAAGGUGAGCGUGGAGAAAGCCCAGGGGAAAGGUCACCUUUAUCCUUGUCCAAAGUGUCCACUGACUAAUGACUUGUGGUACUCACACUUCCCCUCACCUUAUGGCUGUUGUCACUACACGGGCCUGCAAGGUGCCCAGUAUUACCAUCAGGAGCCAUGCUCACCUUGCACUGCAAGUGGGCAAACCAGCGGGCAUGAGAAAAGCAAAGGCUGUAAGGUCAGGAAGUGGAAGAUGCUGGCUCGACAUCAUAAUGAUAAUACGAGCAAACAGAAGGAGACGGAGUCAGACAUCCACCUGGGAGGCUGUCAGUGCUGGGGACUUCACACCUCACCUCUUCUGGCCAGCCCGGUGAUGCUAGAGUGCUCCAUCUGCAGCGGGCCCUAUAUUAGCUAUGCCCUGGAGGAUACCUGGCAGCCACGUCAACGCACACAGGCAAUGGACCUUUAUUACCACAAUGAGUCAGACUCUGACAACUACUGUUGCCCUGGCGACAACACUUUUAUGAAACAAAGGAGGAUGGGUCUGAACGACUUCAUUCAGAGGCUUGCCACGAACUCCUACGCCUGCAAGCAUCCUGAAGUUCAGUCUAUUCUAAACUUGGGUGCACCGCAGGACGCUGAGCUCAUGAACGCAAACCCUUCUCCUCCUCCCAGUCCAUCCCAACAGAUCAACCUUGGUCCCUCAUCCAAUCCCUCAGCCAAACCCGGUGAUUUUCACUUCCUCAAAGUGAUUGGCAAGGGCAGCUUUGGGAAGGUGCUGCUCGCACGCCAUCGCACAGAUGACCAGUUUUACGCUGUUAAAGUCUUACAGAAAAAGGCCAUUCUCAAGAAGAAGGAGGAGAAACACAUCAUGUCAGAGAGGAAUGUACUGCUCAAGAAUGUUAAGCACCCAUUCUUGGUUGGUCUUCACUACUCUUUUCAAACAGCUGACAAACUAUAUUUUGUCUUGGACUACAUCAAUGGAGGGGAGUUGUUCUACCAUCUGCAGAGGGAGCGCUGCUUCCUGGAGCCCAGAGCCAGGUUCUAUGCGGCAGAGAUUGCCAGUGCAUUGGGAUACCUGCACUCCCUCAACAUCGUCUACAGAGACCUGAAGCCAGAGAACAUCCUGCUGGACUCACAGGGACACAUCAUUCUCACAGAUUUUGGUCUCUGCAAGGAAAAUAUUGAGCCUAACGGGACAACUUCGACUUUCUGUGGUACACCUGAGUAUUUGGCUCCUGAGGUGCUACACAAGCAGCCAUAUGACAGAACAGUAGACUGGUGGUGCUUAGGAGCUGUUCUCUAUGAGAUGCUGUAUGGCCUGCCUCCGUUUUACAGCCGCAACACAGCAGAGAUGUAUGACAACAUCCUGAACAAGCCGUUGCAGCUGAAACCAAACAUUUCCAAUGCAGCGAGACACCUGCUGGAGGGCCUUCUGCAGAAAGACCGCACCAAGAGACUGGGCUGCACAGAGGACUUUACUGAAAUUAAGAACCACAUAUUCUUCUCCCCCAUUAACUGGGAUGACCUGAAUGCCAAGAAGACCACCCCUCCCUUCAACCCCAAUGUGACGGGCCCCAAUGACCUACGGCACUUUGAUCCAGAGUUCACAGAUGAACCGGUUCCCAGCUCCAUCGGCUGUUCCCCAGACAGCGCCCUCUUCACAGCCAGCAUUAAAGAGGCAGCCGAGGCCUUUGUGGGCUUCUCUUACGCCCCAUCUAUGGACUCCUACCUAUAGGAUUUAAACACUGGCACUCGAUAUGGACAGCAGUUUAGACCUACUGGAUCUGAAAUGUGCCAUGUCAACGGACUUGCAUCUUGACCCCACCCAACGUUCCCCAUCAGAAUGGACAUUUCCAAACCAAAACCCUGCAAGAGCUCCUCACCUACAUCUGUACUUGCCAUAUUCUCUUCUACUCUUGAAUGCAUUUUACACACUUGCUACAAGAGGAUGUCUGUCGUAAUUAAUGACUAGCUGGGAUAGUAAUAGUCCAUUUCACCUUGAUUUACCAACCGCAAUCUAGAUCCUUUUUAAAUCUUCAUCUUCCCAUCUCUUAAAUGAAAGUGGAGGCUUUUUUUUUUUUUUUUUUGCACAUAGCUAAGGCAGCUUAACAGCUCCCCUCCAACCUGAAGCCACAACUGACAAGCACACACAAAAACUUCCACCUUUUGUCAAAAGAGAACAGCUGGACCGUACUGUCACAGCCUUGGAAAAGAAUCCUAUUUUCAUCCAAGUAGCGAAACUUCUUCCCCCAGCCACCCACGGGGAAGCUGCCUGAUGAGUCUGAAUGAGUAUCUUGGAGAUAGCAUUCAUUUUGGUGCUUUAGUUUCUUCUCAUUUACUGUCUGUGUGUCUGAAAGUUAACAGAAGCUGAUUGUUACAGAGGAGGAGGGGUGGGGGGGUGUUUACUUUCUCUCAAAUGUGCCUUUAUUUUGUUUCUCCCCAUCAGAACUUACAUCAUUUGGGUUUUUCUAUGUCAACAUUAACAUUUACAGUCUUAUCCAUGUGACUGUAAGUGGAAUUGUUUUACUCUUUUAUUAUGAUUAUUAUUAUUAUUAUUAUUAUUAUUAUUAUUAUUAUUAUUAUUAUUAUUAUUAUUAUUAUUAUUAUAAGUCACCCGAGGAUGUAGCACUAAAUCAGUACCCAUGUUCAGUCCUGAACAUGUGAGACGUAGAGACUCAAAUGAUGUUUCAUAUCCUCAUUUGCACAUUAAUGCUGAUAGAGAGAUGGAAAGAGAGCACUGCUGCUAGGUGAGAAUGAGAGGGAUAUGUUGAGAAGUAUUUCUGUAGUUUUGCUUGCCAGCUGCAUCCCCCUCAUAUAGUCUUCCAUUCGCCUCACAUUGAUGUAACGGCAGCCUGCAGACAGGCUGACAACAUUGAAACUGAACAUUCCACUUUAAUAUUGCUGUAAUGCAGUUUGACGGUAUUUAAGUUUGUUUGUAUAUUUGGAGUUACGUGUACUAGUUUUAAUGUUUAUUGAACAAGAAAAAACAACUAAAGGUAUGCUUAAAUAUGUGUAUGUAACAAUUCAUGUGAAAUGUACUGUAAAUUGUAAAAUUGUUUAUGUGACCAUGUUUGGUUUACAAUAAAAAUUUAACUUUAUUACACAUUA